AUGGCGGGUGACAACGGGUCGGUGGUUCGGUGGCUCUACCUCUCCGUGUACAACUGGGUUACCUUCUUCGGAUGGUUGGAGGUGCUAUACCACUCAACCUUGGCGUUGUUAGGCGGUGGCCAUGAGACCGUCUACGCUGCUGUCAAGCUGCCACUUCUGUUUUCACAGACUGCUGCCUUAGCAGAGAUUCCUCAUUCUAUUAUAGGGCUUGUGAGAUCUCCAAUCAGUGCAACUCUUCCACAAGUUGGCGGAAGGAUGUUAGUUACCUGGUACAUCGUGUGGAGUUUUCCUGAGACACAGUCUCAUGUCCUCGUUACUUCCUUGGUCCUAAGCUGGUCCAUCACUGAGGUCAUCAGAUAUUCUUUCUUUGGUUUGAAGGAGGCAUUUGGAAUUACACCUUUCUGGCUCCUAUGGCUCAGGUACUCCACGUUCACUGUACUGUAUCCUAUUGGGCUUAUCAGUGAGGUCGGCUUAAUCUUCACUGCCAUGCCUCACAUGAAGGGGAGAUCCUUCUACAUCUGCGCUGGAUUAACCGCUCUCUACAUCCCAGGAUUCCCAUACUUGUACCGUUACAUGCUCGCCCAGAGGAAGAAGGUCCUGUCCAAGGCGAAAACCGCGUAA